UUGCUAUCUACAAUUUACAAAUCAUAUAUGUCUAAUGUCAUGUUUUAAACGUCAAACUAAAACACGUCAACACAAGUGAUCAAUCGCGAUAUCGCAACAAUUUUGUUAAAAAACACAAUUAAAUUUUACUUUUCAGAUAACAAAAAUGGUCCACACGUCAAUGGAAGGCUCUUUGUUUGAGCCCACACUAUACAUAAUCAAAGGCAUGUGCAUCCUUGACAGUGAUGGCAACAGGAUCCUGGCUAAGUAUUAUGAUAAAGAUGUGCUUCCCACAGCCAAGGAACAGAAGGCUUUUGAGAAGAAUCUAUUUAACAAAACACACAGGGCAAAUGCUGAAAUCAUCAUGUUGGAUGGUCUGACCUGCGUGUACAAGAGUAAUGUUGAUUUGUUCUUCUAUGUCAUGGGAAGCUCGCAUGAGAAUGAGCUAAUUCUUCAAUCAGUGUUGAACGCUUUGUACGAGACUGUGAGCAUGCUUCUAAGAAGGAAUGUCGAGAAGAGAGUUCUCUUAGAUAAUUUGGAUGCUGUGAUGCUUGCCUUUGAUGAGAUUUGCGAUGGAGGUGUGAUCCUAGACUCGGACCCAACAUCCAUCGUGAGUCGCGCUGCGUUGCGCACAGAGGACGUGCCACUAGGAGAGCAGACAGUAGCGCAGAUACUUAACCUCAUGAAUAUGUAAACGGGGAAGGUACGAGAGAUAAUUUACCGGUGGUAGUUAUUAACAUUGACCAAAGACAUUCGAAUAAAAAUAGACCUAAACUAGAUACCAAAAAUUACUGUGAAAAUAUUACUAAAUCUAGGAGGUUAUGGUUCAAAUUCAUAUGGCUUUAUAAAGGGUGUUUCAAAGGAAAUAUUGUAAUAAUAUUUAAUUUAUGAUUUUCAUGCUUGAACGCCAUGCUUUGCUUACGUUUUUUGUUUGGAAUUGUUUAAAUUUUCAAAAAUUUUUGUUCUAGAUAUUAGCUGGGAAUUUCUUAUUUUAAAAAAAUAUGACAAUUUUGCAGUUAUCUUGCCAUACCAUUUAUGACUUUGUGUUAGAUCUGAGGUCUUAAACCAUGUUUUUAUGAUUCUGCUAUUUUCAUGGCUUCAAGUAUGCAUUAUAAUUAUUGUAGUAAGCAUAUAGUUUAUUAAACACAUACUAACAUUGUA